AUGGCCCUGAUGCGUGCUGACAAACAGCGGAGUCCAGCCCGAUUGAGGCUUGGCAUCGUGGCGGACGACAUCGGAGGCAAAGGCGUUAUCAUACGUGAUGCGCCAAGAGCAGGUUCUGCUCAAGUUUCUGAAGUAUUCCUAUUCUUUAUCUUUGGUCACGCUCUGUCAAGACCUAAUGCCCCUGAGGCCCGAGUUGCACACGAGUGUUCCCUCGCACACUCCAGAUCCCGCGGUGUGAAACCCGAGUUCUCCAUCGGUCCUUGCUCUCGUUCCUGA